AUGGUCGCGCUGGUGGGCUUGUUCCUCGCGGCCUUCUUCGGCCUGGCGUCGGCCGUGCUGCCGUGGCAGUUCAUGGUCGGACUCUUCGGCCUGCCGGUGCUGCUGCUGGUGGGUGCCGCGAUGCCCACGGUGCUGUUCGUGGCGGCCCUGCUGCUGCUCUUCGGCAUCAUGCCGGAGUUCAUCAUGGCGGCCCUGCCCCUGGGCGGUGCCACCUUGCGGCCGGCCGAGCUGGUGCUUAUCUUCUGCUUCGUCGUCGUGUUUGCGCGGGUGCUGCUGAACGGCAUCGACCUCAAGUCGCUGCUGCGGCCCCUCGCCUGGCCGCUCGCGAUCCUGGUGUGCGGCUUCAUGCUCGGCAUGGUCAAGGGCAAGGUCCUGUCCAACAACGCGCUGGCGCUGGCCGACGCGCGGCAAUACGUCGGCUGGCUCGCUCUGCCGGUGGGGCUGUGGUUUGGCAUCAAGCACCCGGGGCGUCUGGAGCGCAUCGUCAUUGGCGUGGCGCUGCUGGCCGCGACGCUGAUGAUCCUGCAGCUUGGCCUGGGCGUGCAGCUCAUCUUCGGUUUCCGCGGUGCGGAGUACCUGUCCAAGGACUUCAGCGACGUGACGCGCAGCGCCAUCGGCGGCGGCCUGUUUUUCCUGGGCUAUGCGGCCUACCGGCUGUUCCUCCACGCCUGCGAUGGCCAGCGCUGGCGCUGGACGGCGUUGCUCGGCUCGCUGAUCACGAUCGGUGGCAUCGUGGCGAGUUUCAACCGAGCAAUCUGGGCCGGUUUUGCGGUGGGCGCGCUGCUGCUUCUGAUUUUCAAGCCGCGUACCCGCCGUUCCGCGUUCUUGCCGUUCGUCGUGCUGUUCACUUGCGUUUGCAUCGGCGUGGCCGGCCUGCUCGUGGCCAAGCCCCGCGCCGCCGAUGCCCUGAUCGAGCGAGUGGUCAGUAUCAAGGACGAAGGCCGACGCGGGUCGUCACUGGGGUUUCGCUUCGACGAAAACCAGCAAGCUUUGGAGGCAUUGCGUCGCAGUCCUAUCACGGGCAUUGGCAUGGGCGGUGAGUACAAGCGCGUGUACCGACAACUGUCCACAGCGGGCAGUUUCGACACGGAGAUCGCGUUCAUCCAUAACGGGUACCUGUCGUUGUGGCUGAAGCUCGGCAUCUUCGGGUUGGUGUUCCCCGUCUUUUUGUUCGCCGCGGUUUUUCGAGCGUACCGAUCCGUCAAGCUCGCUGGGUCGACUCGCGCGAUACCUCUUCUCGAUGCCUGCGCCGUGAUGAUGACGACGGUGAUGGUGUUCGUCAGUGCCAUCACAAGCCCGGACUGGUCGCAGUCCAGCACCGUAGCUGCCUUCGCGGCUCUGCUUGCGGUGCUGUUGGGCGCUGUUGCCUCGACCAAAGCACCUCCUGCUCCUGCGGCGGCUCUACAGCCGCAGACCGUUUGA